ACGAUAAAACGCUUAAAGUCUGGCGUUGUCAUCAUCCGGAUAAUAAAGAAGGAAUAAUUACAAAUCGAAAUGAAGCAAAAUGGAAAUGUAUAUGUACUCUGAGUGGAUAUCAUCAACGAUGCAUUUAUUCAGUGAGUUGGUCCAAGAUUCAUGGCCGUAUCGCUAGUAGUGGUGGAGAUAACACGGUCAGAGUGUUUGAACAGGAAGAAAGUUCAAUUUCUGAUAAUAUAAUAGAUACGACUAAUUUUUCCAUGAUAGCAUCAGCUACAUCAGCUCACGGAGUUGCCGAUGUUAACUGUGUGCAAUGGUAUCCUACUGAAAAGCAUUCAAAUUGGUUAGCCACAGCUGGAGAUGAUGGAAUUGUUAGAAUAUGGCAGAUGGAAGAAGAAUAG